CGGAGGGCGCGGCGCGGGGCAUCCUGGGUCGGCGUAGCCAUGGCGGCUCGUGUCCUUUCCUCCUGUGUCCGCCGCCUGUCUGCGGCCUUCUCCCCGCUGCCCCGCGUCCCCGCGCUGGCCUCGGUCCGGCCUCUCGGCACCGUCUUGUGUUCCGCAGGGACGCGGACGAGGCUCGGGGCUCUGCAGCCGGUCUCGGGGCUCGUGCAGGUGCCAGGGAGUGUUACACAGCUGUGCCGCCAGUACAGUGAUGCGCCCCCUCUGACGCUGGAGGGCAUCAGGGACCGCGUUCUUUACGUCUUGAAACUCUACGACAAGAUUGACCCAGAGAAGCUCUCGGUAAAUUCCCAUUUUAUGAAAGACCUGGGCUUAGACAGUUUGGACCAAGUGGAGAUUAUCAUGGCCAUGGAAGACGAAUUUGGGUUCGAAAUCCCUGAUAUAGAUGCAGAAAAGCUAAUGUGUCCACAAGAAAUAGUAGAUUACAUUGCAGAUAAGAAGGACGUCUAUGAAUAAAAUGGCAGAGCCCCUCCUCGCCCGGGGAGCACCUGCGAGAUCGCCGCAAGGCUCUGCAAGUGGGAAGGCGUGCUGGGAGCUCGCUGGCCUCGACAGUGAUUCUGUCGGACUUGUAUUUAAAUUGUGUAAGUGUUUUGCCCUGUGGAAAUAAACCUAUAAAGCCAA